GCGGAUAUACCGAAGCGGGAUGCCAUCGUGAAAGCUUUCAAGCAUGCAUGGGCAGCAUACGAACGAGAUGCGAUGGGUAGCGACGAAUACCACCCAAUAGAGAAAAAAGGGUCGAAUCUCACAGAAGCGGGGGGUAUAGGAUACUUCAUCGUCGAUUCUAUCGACACGAUGCAGAUCAUGGGGCUGCAAGAGGAGUACGAGAGUGCACGAAAUUGGGUGGCGAACAAGCAAUCCUUCGAGCGCGAUGGAAAUUUUAAUACCUUUGAGACAACGAUCCGAGCCCUUGGGGGUCUUCUCUCUGCAUACCACUUUUCGGAUGACGAUCCUAUCUUUCUUGAGCGGGCUCAAGACCUCGCUGAUCGUUUGCUCUCGGCUUUCGACACUCCCUCUGGUCUUCCAAAGUCAAUGGUCAACCUGAAGAUGCGCACAGGAGUUAACGAAGCUGGUCUUGCUAGCCUUGUGAGCACCGCCGAAGCGUCGACGCUCCAGCUUGAGCUUCGGUAUCUGAGCUUUCUGACGGACAACGAUGAGUACUGGCACAAAGCUGAAAAGGUCAUGAAAGUUAUCAAGGCUGCGAGAUUACCAUCUGGGCUAGCUCCCAUCUACAUGAGCGCAGAUAAUGGGCAAUUCCUAAUAUCCGAUAUUCGACUGGGAUCUCGCGGAGACUCAUAUUAUGAGUAUCUACUAAAGCAAUAUAUCCAAACUAAUCGCACUGAGUCCGUCUACCGCGAGAUGUACGAAGACGCCAUGGAAGCCAUCCACAAGAAUCUCAUCCUAAAAGGUGUCAAGAAGCAUAUGACGUGGACCGCUGAGCUCCUUCCGCAGCAUCGACCUGCUAACCAAAUAGAUUGGCGAUUACAGCCAAAACAGGACCACCUCGUCUGUUUCCUUGGUGGGUCCCUGAUGCUAGGAGCUACAGCCACAGGAGCCCGCGUUCGCAGUGUGCCAAUACCACCGACUGCAUCCGACCUCUCGAGUGUAGGCAAGCGGGAUUGGACGACUGGGUCACAGUUGAUUGAGACGUGUAUGGAUACUUAUGAUACCCCAACUGGACUGGCUCCUGAAAUUGCGUACUUUUACGUCCCAAACGAUGGCAGAGAACGUGUUGGAGAGCAGGAUUGGUACAUCAAGGGCAACGAGUAUGUCCCGUCCUAUGAUGCUCGUUAUAUCUUGAGACCAGAAACUGUUGAAUCCCUCUUCAUCGCUUUCCGAUUGACAGGAGAUGUACGCUAUCGUGACUAUGGCUGGAAGAUAUUCCAAGCAAUCGAAAAGUACUGCCGCGUUGAGACGGGCGGGUACGCUUCCAUCUUGGAUGUUAGCAACACAGAGAGCAGGUUGGAAGAUAAGAUGGAGACAUUCUUGAUGAGUGAGACAUUGAAAUACCUAUACCUUCUCUUCUCCGAUGCAACCGUGCUUCCAUUGAAUGAAUAUGUUUUCAAUACCGAGGCACACCCCUUCCCCAUAUUCACGCCGAGUAUACGGACAGGGUUUUCUUGA